AUGGAUGAGCCAGGAUCCUCGGAGUCGUCACAAUCCCAACCAGCACAUUCGCCUUUUGGCUUUCCUGAGAAAGAUGUAAUCUUCUUCAUCAACAGUUGCAGCCUUUCCGAAGAAGAAGCUCGGGACUUUAUGCUAUUUCUAACAUUUGCAAAUCAAAUGAACGAGAAGGAUGAAGAGGUUGACUAUACGAUUAUUAGAGCUACAGCAAUGGUGAACCUCGUCAGCAAACUCAAUACCGAGUCGAAGAAGAUACUUUCUGGGGGUCAUAUUGCGAAAGCGUUGGAGCAUGUAUCCACUGAAAAUUCUUCUCACGUCCAUCCAUCAGCGUUACAACCACCGAAUGUAUCACCCCCUAAUGUGAGGGUUAAAGGUAUUUCAGGAUUUAGACCGACGUUCGCUAGGCAUAAUGAUGUCAAGUACUAUCCGAACAUAAUUUGUGUGAUCUGCAAGGAGUGGGUUUGUUCGCGAAGUCGACGAAUACACGUUGGAGCUCACUUUGACUAUCGCAAACACAAGUGCUCGUACUGUAAUUUUACUCAUAGCAAAGAGAUAUUUGUUGCAUCUCACAUGAGAAGGAUUCACGGUAAAGAGGGAAAAGUGGAGGAGAACAGCGACCCCGAGAUUGAGGAGAAAAUAGAAAACGUGUGCAACCUGAGUAUUGCGAUGACCAGGGAUGUACUUCGUGGCCAGUACGACGAAAAAAUUUAUGAAAGCUAUUCAAAUUCGCAUACGUGUUUGCGUGGAAUUGAAUGUACGCACUGUUGUGAUCCGAUGAGCUCCUGUGGCCUCCAAGUUAACGAAGAUGUAGCAAUCAUGAUUCUUGAGCACCUUGCCCAGGAAUGGUAUCACGAGGGUCCGUACACGCAUUGGAUGAGAAUAAGGGGUGUCUGCAGAGCCUUCAAUCGGGCUGUUCUUCGUUACUUGUCCAAGACUGUCAGCGUUGGGGUGGAAGACCUCGCCGACUGUGUUGAGAUUUAUCAGUGUAUUGAAGAUGGUGGUAAUAGGAAUUGUACAAGAACGCUCUUCGAGAACAAGGACACUGCUGUUGCUUAUUUGAGGCAAGCAUGCUUUUUAAUGCUUUUUACGAGUUAUAUCGAAAAACCUAUUGAUAUCGACUUAGAACAUUACGGGAAUCAUCCAGAUAACGAUGAUGUUCUCAAAGCUUUGUGCAACUUUCAGGCAAUCGACUCCAUAAUUUACUGUAAGCCUCGAUGUGAAUGUUCUGAUUGUGAGGCUUUAAAAGAGCAUGCUGGGCCACGCGUUAGAAUUAUUGAAAAUUCACCUGUUCAAAGUGGUUCAGAUUAUUUCGAUGAGCACGCCGGCUACGCCCUAGGUAGAUAUUUAGACUCCUCCGACGAAGACUACGAUCCCUAUUAUGAUUUAAAUUUCCAUGAAGAUGAAGAUGACUAUUGA